AGGCGCCCGGAGCGGGGGGGCGUGGACGGCGGGCACCGGGGGGCGUCGGACGGCAAGACGCCCCUGAGCGCCAAGCUGGAGGUGAUCAAGAAGGACCAGAGCAGGAAGAGCCAGAGCUACAAGCUGGAGCUGGUGUCUGGAGGACUCGACACAGACAUGCACAACCUCUCCCUGGAGAACAAGAGGGAGUCCGAGUAUGGCCCUUGUCGCAGAGAGAUGGAAAGUACCUUGAACAGUCUGAAAAUCUCCAACGUGCUCAAUCCAAGAGGUUUCCGCAUUCCCAACUGUGACAAGAAAGGCUUCUACAAGAAAAAACAGUGCCGUCCAUCCAAGGGCAGGAAGAGGGUCUGCUGGUGCGUGGACAAGUAUGGACAGUCGCUCCCCGUCUACGACGGCAAGGAUAAGGGAGAGGCCCUGUGCUACAACCUGGAGAGUCAAUGAAAGGAGCAGAGAGCGAGAAAGGGUGAAGAGAGAGGGAGAGAGAGAAAGAGAGAGAGAGAGUG